AUGAGAAUCUCGACCAUGAAAUUAACAUUAGCAGCAGAAAUCCGUCCUCCCCAAUUGCACCUCCAAUUCCCCCUUCAUCCACCCAUUCUCCCCGCCUCCGCCGCCUCCAACGCCGCUACCACCGCCUUCCGCCAGCUUCCCCUCCAACUCCGCCACCGUCACCGCCCACCCCCACUCAAAUCCCACCAUCCCCAGCUACCGAAUCCCCAAACCACCACCACCACCACCGCCUCGUCGGACGACGGUGGAAUCCCAAUCGAACACGUAACAACCCUAGCCAAAUUCAAAUCCCGGCACAACUACAUCCGUGUCCUCCAGGUCUCCCGCGCAGCCGACCACCCCCUCGCCGGCUCCCGCCUCCUCCUCCUCGACGCCCCAGGAAACAUCCACAGCAUCUCCUACAUCUUCAAAACCCUAACGGACUCCUACUUCGACGUCUUCGCCACCCUUCCCCCAAUCCUCCCGCCCGGACCCGUCGCGAUCCUCGGGUUCGGAGCCGGAUCGGCCGCCAGAAUCAUCCUCGACCUCUACCCGGAGGCCAUCGUCCACGGAUGGGAGCUCGAUCCGGCGGUUAUCUCCGUUGCCAGGGAGUACUUCGGCCUCGAAAAGCUCGAAACGAAGCACGGCGGCCGGGUCUUUAUCCGCACGGGGAACGCCCUGAACGCCACCUCGAAGAGCGGCUUCGCCGGAAUCAUAGUCGAUCUGUUCCGGAAGGGGAGGGUGAUCCCGGAGCUCCAGGACCCGGCGACGUGGGAGGGGCUGAAGAGAAGCCUGAAAAGAGGCGGGAGGAUGAUGGUGAACGUCGGCGGGAGGUGCGUGGAGCCAGAGGAUGUAAGGAUCGACGGCGGUUUGAUAAUGGCGGAGACUUUGAAGGCGAUGGAUAAGGUUUUUCCAGGUAAGGUUCGUGUGCUGAGUGUUGACGGUCGGGAGGAGGAUAGCUCGGUUGCAAUGACGGGUGCGCCGCCGGACGCCGCCGCAUGGAAGGAGGCGCUGAGGCGGCCGUUGAGGUUUUACGCCGAUAUGUGGAGGCCUUAUUGUGCGGGUGGUGGUGUAAAGAGUCCCGCCGCCGAUUAA